AUAAAACGCCAUUAUUUGCGGCGUUUUCCCUGGUGAUAUAUGAUGUAUUUUGCUUGCCAUACUAUCACCUGUGCAGAAGCAAUGAACCAAGUGCGCUCGAGGAGAAAAAAACCCAAAACAGGCGCGUUUUAGCGUCGUCACAGAAACAGGAAGAAGAGUCAAACACGGAUGUACGAUGACCCACGCCGCGCGCGCUGCCUCAACUUCUGUGUUAUAUCCUCACUUUUCACGGACACACGGGAACAACCGCCACGAGCUGUAGCACCGACCGCUGACCGACCGUGAGACAUGGGAACCCGAGGGACGGGCCGGAGGAGGUCCAUGAAGACGGAGAGGACCACCGCGGAGGAGGAAGCUCUGAACCUCGUAUCGGCGCAGGCUGAAGCCAAACUGGCAGCAAAAAGAGCCGCCAGAGCAGAGGCCCGAGAGAUCCGCCUGCAGGAGCUGGAGCGCCAGAGAGAGGUGCAAGACGAGGAUUAUUCUGAUGAGGGAUCUAGAGCACCAUCAGUCUCAUCACCUCCACCGGGUGGGACAUCCUGCCAGCUUGGAGCUGGAGGUACAUGUAAAGGCAAUGGAAGUUGCUCACAAAACAAUGAGGGCAUGCUGGCAGAGGUGCAGGAGAAAUACCGUAAGGCCAUGGUUUCCAAUGCUCAACUGGAUAAUGAGAAGAACAAGCUGAUGUAUGUGGUUGACGUACUCAAAGACUCGCUUCUGGAGCUGGAGGAGCUGCUGUCCGAGUCUCGCCGGGAAUACGAGGACAAAGUCAAGGAACAUGAGCAGGAGAAGCAUGCACAUCAUCUCCUCAUGCUCCAGUUUAGAGAAAUGAAGGACACUCUAAAGCAGCACCAAGAGAUGCUAAAUGAGCUGCGUAACAAACAAGCUGCUUUUGUCCAGGACAUCUCUGACCUGCACCAGACUCUAGAGUGGAAGGACAAGAGGAUCCAGGCUCUGGAAGGACAAAAGGAGUUUGCAGAAGAAAACAGGCUCCAGUGCAACGAGCUAAGAGAAGUGCAGAAGUUGAAAGAUGCUUCAAUGAAACAUGGAAUGUUGAAGCCCAGCGGGAGCGUGAACGGAGCAGCUGCUGCGCCUGCAGUGGUCGGCUCUGUUGAUGCAGACGGUGGCAUUCUUGGGAGCCCAGCAGAGACUGAGCUGAAGAGCCCCAGACAAGAGGAUGUGGAUCCACAGCAUCUGAAAGAGGAACCAGAGAAUGGAGGAGAGCAUCUAUGGAGCUCUGAAACGCUUCAGAAACAUGUGGAUACUUCUGCACUGCCAGAGGAGCCAUCCUGUUCUGCAGAAUGCAGUCUCAGUGUGGACUUGGCUGUGGUCACGUGCUCAGCUGCAGAGGGGAUUGGCUCCGAACCUCCAGAGACGAUCAGAACUGCAGAUGGAGAUGCUCCUCAAACACAAGUCCAGAGCGCGGUGAACACUGGUGACACAGAAAAGAAAGAGACGAGCCGAAUCACUCUGGAGGAACAAGAACCCAAACCGAGUCAUGUCCAAUGUGACUCUAAGCCCCACCCAGACCUAAAUGUGGAAGAAGCCCUCCAGUCCCUCCCAAUUGAACCAAACUGUCAACCUCAGCACAACGCAGCAGAGCUGGAAAGUGGUGAAAAGAUGGAAGAGAAAGCAAACAAAUCCCAGUCUUCCACCACCUCUGGAAAGAAAAAAAAGAAGAAGAGAGGUAAAAGGAAAGGAGGUAGCCAUGACAACAAGAACCAGCAGGAAACAAGAGCCGGAAAUGAGGCAGGAGCCAACAAAAAGCUCAAAGAAGAAGCUGACAUUAAAGAUGUCAACGACACACUGAAGGCUGAAGAUGAGGAGGAACCUGGGACAAUCGAUGCAUCACUUAUGACGAAAUCCAGAUUCCCGGAGAAAACUCUUCAAGAAACGAACUUGUGUUCUGCUUCAGGGGAAAAUGAGAAGACAACUGAAGAAGGAGUAGCUGCUGAAGACGACAAAUCUGAGGAUGAAGAGAAAACUGAAGGUACUCUUCAUCCCAAAACAGCACAGCCAGAAAAGACAGCAACAUUAGCUGAAGGUUCUUUUCAGAUUGGUGUUCUGGAAGAACCUACAACAGAUUCCAUGUUUGUUGACCUUGAGGACAACCGGACUCCAGAAACUGCGACGGUUAAAAAAGAGGAACCUGGAGUCAGAACUGAAGAGGACACCUCCGGCUGUCCUGACAAAGAGGACACCUCCGGCUGUCCUGCCGAAGAGGACACCUCCGGCUGUCCUGACAAAGAGGACACCUCCGGCUGUCCUGCCGAAGAGGACACCUCCGGCUGUCCUGCCGAAGAGGACACCUCCGGCUGUCCUGCCGAAGAGGACACCUCCAACUGUCCUGCCAAAGAGGACACCUCCAACUGUCCUGCCAAAGAGGACACCUCCAGCUCGGACAUCUCUGAGCUGAUCCUUCAAAAAAACAGUGAAUCUGAAGGACUUGAUUUGAUCCAUAUCUCUGCUGCUGAGGAGUCUGAAUCCACCAGUACUCAGAGCCCAGUCCUCUUUUCUCAGGACGAUGCUGCCGAAGCUUCUUCCAGCUCAGAGUCCUGCCCCACCAAGAGCUGCUCAGGUGUGACAGAUUCUGAGAAACCUUUUGAGGGUGUGGUUGAGCUGAACCCAGGGGGCUGUGAGGCAGAACAUGGCGGUGAUAACACAUCUUUCAGUCAUGAUGAAGACUCUGAGCUUAUAAGCCAGUCCCAAGACCAGAAGCUGACUGAAGAAGUGCAGAAAGCUGGAGAUUGGUCUGACCUGGACCCCCCCACACAGACAGAAGACGUCUGUGCAUCUUCAGCCUCAGACCUCGAGUGGAGUCCGAAUGGGACGUGUCAGGACAUGGGGGAAGAACCAAAGCUUGCAGGUGCUGAAGCAUUUCAACCAGCAGAUGCUCUGGAGGUGGAAGAGAAAUCUGCUACUUCAGAACCAAAACUGGAAAAGGAUCAACACAAUCUAGAAUCUGAGUCUUCACCCUCUCAUUUAGACGGGUCCAGAUCCUGUGGGGGGGGACCUGAAGAGGAGGAUGGAGAAGAUGGAGAAGAACAGUCUUUUGACUUUGAUGACACAGAAUUGGAGUUAGCUGCAGUGCGUAGUCCUUCCAAAGAUCCAGAACCAGGAGAGACCGUGAUGGUAACAUCAGCUGACACCAAUGCAUUCAAGUCGGGCCAAAGUCACUCUGAAGAAGAGCCUAGACAGAACAACUCGUCUAAAAGUGAACCAUUUAGAGACACUGAGUCAGACGCUGUGGGUCAGGAAAACUCCUCAGGUUCUUGUGAAGCCCCACCAGAAAAGCUGGAAAACACGAGUACGAAACCAACAAUUCAGACGGAUGAAUCCAUAGAGGUUGAAGAGACGCAUGCUGUAAACCCCAAAGAGCUGAGAGGAUCUGCAGACAGCGACGGUCAGACAGAACUCUCAGCUGCUAAGACGGACAUGGAUCCUGUGAGGCAGAAGGACAAAGACUUCCCAAACCUCCGUGAGCAGGCAGGCGGCAGCACUGAAGCACCGCUGGAAGGAAAAGAUGCCAAGAAAAGCAGCAGGAAAGGCAAAGGCAAGAGCAAAGAGGAAUGUAAGAUGUCUUAGUCUGCUGCUGGAGGUUCCCUUUCACAUUAUGUUACUUUCAUUCUUCUGUGAACAGUCUGUGUACGAUUGCAUCUCAUCUCCUCCAGUCCCAUCAACAACAUGCAGGUUUUUCAUGCUUUAGCUCACCUUCAGUCUGCAGGGUGCAGGCUUCUUUGCAGGGUUUCAGUUUCCAUGGAUCACCUCCCCGUGUGCCACAGAUGUGAAACUGUACACAAGUUGGACCGCAGCAUGGAUCUUCUCUCCUGGAUCAGUGCAUUUCAGAGUCAUCCUUCCACACUUUGGUUCUCAUCUUCAGGAUAUCUUCAUGGAGUGGAGAUGAACAUGCUAUGGCAAAAUGAAGAAAGAAGCUCGUUAUUUUAGCUAUUGCUGACUCAUGCUGGUGGCUCUCAGAGCUGACAGCUGUCCUGCUGCUUCUAUGCUUUUAUGCUGAAAAGGUCUCAGGAAUCAGUUGUGUUUGCAUUGUGUUGCACUGAUUAAAAACUGGACAGGAAAUGAAAUGGAUGUAAUUAUCUGUUUACAAUAAAACUAUGUCCCUGAACAACACAAAAA